UCCGCAUCCAGUUUGACGAAAAAAGAAAAAUAAAUUCAGAAAACCCGUGAAGGCAGUGACACGUUUGGAAAAACAAGAAAAUACUAAGGGCAUUUCAGUCAAUUAAAAACAACAACAAAGUGAAGUGUAUGCACUCUCGGCCAAAUAAAAAUCACACAUGUAGCCAUUCUGUGAGUGUGUAAACGGUGCAGAUAACGGAGCUCCCAGACAAGAUACACCGAAGAGCACCGUAAGUCGGGUGUCUUCAUCUCUCUCUUCUCUGGAAAUUAACAGUCAUUCCAAAACUGAAGCUUCUUCUCGCAAACUUAUGACUCUUGGAAGGAAUGGUGAAAGGACCAAAGGAUUGCGGUGGAGUACAGUGAGGUUAACGGCGUCACCGUUAAUUCAGCUGAAAUACUGAUAGCUGCAUGUCAAAUACUGGAUCUUGAUGCAUUCUGAUCACAUACGGUGCUUUUGAGUGUAUUUUGAUGGUACUGCAUGUCUGCGACAUCGACUGGAACUUGAAUCUGAUGAAUUAUGGAGAACGGAUGUUUAUAGAGGUCUAUAUUAAGUCAGCAGUGUUGUUCUCUUUGAGUUUUUCUUAAUGCAUUCGAUUUUGCCGGAUUAAAAGGCCUGGUGGAGAAAGCUUUAUUUUGGGUGAAAAGUGCUGCUGUUAUAGUUCAUUCUGUUGAUUUGGAGAUGUGCUUCGCAUUGAAUUGAAAAUAAGAGUGAUUUGAGGGAAUAAUCUGGAAUUUACCUAUGGCUUCAUUGGAUCAUUUUGGUGAAGUUGCAAAUAUCGCCCAGCUUACUGGCAUAGAUGCAGUGAGGCUAAUUGGGAUGAUUGUCAAAGCUGCUAACACUGCCCGGAUGCACAAGACAAAUUGCAGGCAGUUUGCACAGCAUCUUAAGUUAAUUGGGAACUUAUUGGAGCAGCUCAAGAUUACUGAACUUAAGAGGUAUCCGGAAACCCGAGAGCCAUUAGAACACCUUGAAGAUGCAUUAAGGAGGUCUUAUAUAUUGGUCAAGAGCUGCCAGGACAGGAGCUAUCUUUAUCUGUUGGCUAUGGGGUGGAACAUUGUAUACCAGUUCCGCAGGGCUCAGAAUGAGAUUGACCAAUACUUGAAGAUUAUUCCUCUUAUCACUUUGGUGGAUAAUGCUCGAGUCAGGGAAAGAUUGGAAUAUAUUGAAAUGGACCAGCGGGAAUACACACUGGCGGUUGAAGACAUGAAGGUGCAAGAAGUGAUUAUGAAACCAGAGCCUUCUAAAGAUGAUACAAUCAUAUUAACGAAGAAUCUUUCCUGUUCUUACCCAAGAGUGCCUAUCAAUGAAGCAAUUCAAAAAGAAAAUGAAAAACUCCAACUAGAAUUACAGCGCUCACAGGCUAAUUUAGAUGUAGGUCAGUGUGAAUUCAUUCAGCAUCUUCUGGAUGUCACAGAAGUAGUUGCAAUGAAAAGUUCACCUGCCAAAGCUCUCAAAAAGUUGGAUCAGAGUUACUCAAAUGUUGAUAAUGAGAAGGCAUAUUAUGACGAUUACGCUAAAAGUGAUGAGAAACGGUCAACUUCAAGAAACACUACAUCAGUUACGUCAAAACGUGAUUUACUUUCCUCGAAGGGUUCACAUCGAUAUGAAGAGUGGCAUUCAGAUCUGCUGGGCUGCUGUUCAGAACCUCUCUUGUGUAUUAAAACUCUUUUCUUUCCUUGUGGUACAUUUUCUAGAGUUGCCAGUGUUGCUGCGGACAGGGAUAUAUCUUCAGCGGAUGCUUGUAAUGAAUUAAUGGCUUAUUCAUUGAUACUAUCCUGCUGUUGUUACACAUGUUGCGUCAGAGGGAAACUUCGGAAAAAGCUAAACAUCAGGGGAGGCUGUGUGGAUGAUUUUCUUUCUCAUUUAAUGUGCUGUUGCUGUGCUCUUGUCCAAGAAUUGCGUGAAGUCAAGAUACGUGGGGCACAUGAUGUAUAUUUACGACAUGCAGGUGUAGAGAAGACGAAAAUAAGCCCCCCAACCACUCAAUUCAUGGAAUCCUAAGAAGCUAGAGUUGGCGUUUUAGCAUUAAAACUAUUAGAAAGCAAAGGUUCAGUGUGUAUAAAUGAUCCAGAGUUCAUUAUUCGUUUGUUUACAUGGUGUUACUAGCGACUGUACAUGUAUGUGAUGUAAGAAACUGUUUUGUGAUGGUUGUACAGUACAUACAGGGAAUAUUAUGGUGGAGGGAUGAUGAGUAUAUGACCUGUUUCUAGUAAAAAUAAAGGAUACCAAUUAACAACUA